AUGGGUAAUUCAGUAUUACUCUUUGAGGAUAGCUAUUAUGAAGAUAGUAAUCUAAAUGAUAGUCAACUUCCUUCUCGAAAAGCCCUUUCACAGUUUGGUCAAGAAGAUUCGUCAGGUGUAUCAAGUUGUUGUACGACAGGUUUGGAGCAGUUUAAUCCGACACAUCGAGUACAUUCAUCAUUCAUUCCACGACAUGAUGAUGAAAUACUUCUGGAGAUUGGUGAUGCGAUUCAUGUCGAAAGAGAAUGUGAAGAUCAUUG